GAUGAUGACAUGUUGAAUGCUAGUCUCAAAUAGCUCCCCUCGCCACAUCGGUCUAAUUCUUACACUGGUGAAUAUUUUAAACUUUAAAAAGGGCAAAUCUGGAGAGAGAUGCAUUAAGACGUCACAGCCACCGCACUCGAUUUAAUCUUUUAACCUCUUCGGAGAACGAAAAAGAUUCUUCGUCGUUUCUGAGAACCGAUUUCAUUGUUUUGUUGUAGUGAUCAGCCGCAACCACCCCCACCCCCACCCGAAUGCAAUAAGAGUCCAGUACAUGGACACUGCAAGUUCCGAAAGCGUCAUAGCCAACAGGACGCGGCCGAAACACUGGUGUGGUUAAAUGUCAGGCUGUUUGUUAGAAGAAUGACAGAAGUGAUGAGUAGCUGCGAGCCUGUAAUGGAGGAUUUUACUUUAAACCCGACUUCAGAGGAAGGGAAACUACCUUUCCAGAUAUUUCCUGAUCCCCAUGAAAAAUCAGAAAGGUAUCCUAAGAUGACAAAAAGGCUGCCAUCAAUAGUCGUUGAACCAACUGAGAGUGGUGAGGUUGAGAGUGGGGAGCUGCGAUGGCCGCCGGAUGAAAUGAACCUGCUGGAAGAUGAAGGGCGUCACCAAAGUGAAUUAACAACUAAACCAAAAAUACUGGAAGAUGAGGAAGAAGAUAUAUCAUCACAACCCAGUCAGAUACCAGAAAUCGAAAUGAACUAUUCUGGUCAAAGAACAUCAGAAAGCUCAAAUGACAGCAGCUAAAAGCAAACAUGACCUGACUGGAACCCCACUGUGAAUGUUUGGUCACAGACUGGAAUUUGAUAGAGAACCUCAAAAGGAAUUCUGAGUCAACAGACAUGUUUGUCAAAAGGCUUCAUCUGAAUGUUUUGCAGUUACUUGAAUUUCUGACAAUUAUUUAUAUAUGUGGUGGUUGAUGUUACGUAGAGAUAGUAUUUAUUGUUUCUAUAUUGUCUGUGUCUUAAACCUCAAGGAUGAGGUAUAUAUUUAAGUUUUAUGUCCACAUUUGAUCAACAAUGUAUUUAGUUGUAUACAUAGCUACAGAGGUAGUAGCUGCUUUAACUCUUCUUAAAAUUCAAUCACCACACCUGAUCCAAAUAUUAAUUAAAUUGGACUAAAAUAGUCAUUGUAAUGAAGUAUUCACAAGUAUUCGGGCAUAUUAGUGUAAAUGUCAAUUAAGAAUAAGAAAAGGUAAUCUAAACUAAUCCUGCUGUAAGAACACCCACUAGUAUUUUUUCACUGGUGCAGGAAACUUGGAGGAGUUUGCAGCUUUGGAAUGCCAGAGGCUAUCUGUAGGCCAGGAUAUUGGUUUCUGGAAAGCGACAAUUGUUUAACACUGUGAUUUAUAAAGCUGAGGCAACCUGGAUAGAAAUCAAUUAGUAAUUUAAGGGAAAAAAUGUAAGUUUGAGGUCUUGUUAUUUUAAACCUGGCAAGUUGGCACAGUACAGAGCCUGUUCCCAGGCAACAGAAGAAAUGAAUAGGACUGAGAUCAAUAGAGUGAGCAGCGGAAAAGUACUACAAGGCCAAACUCUGCCUAAACCUUCACAUAUUAUUUGUGAUAUUUUAUAUGGGACGUGUCUUUUCUGUUUAUAUGAGGGUUCAUUUUGAAGUCAAAAGCCUUCGAUCUUUUUCACUGCUGCCACUAUUAAAAUCUUAAGUUUAAAUGUCAGUUUAUUUGCAGAGCACUGAUGAAAAAUGGACAGACUUUCAUUCUUCUAAUUCUUUGCUAUAUUCAUCUUAAAGAAUUAACAGGGUGGGAUAACAGAUGUCAUCAGAAAGAUAUACAAUAUAUGUAUGAUAUUAUAAAAGGCAGAGAAACGUAUGUGUCAUGAAAAAGUCUAGGGAUGAAUUAUUCAAAAUUUAAAAAUUAUUCAAAAUUAUUGGGCAUGUUAUGGACUGGUAGAGGAUACGGAUAUCCAUUUUAAGCAUUGCUGGAGAUUCAGAGAAGCAGCGCCAAUUGAGUCACAUUGAGGGAACCGAGGAGUGAGUUACAUCUCCAAUCUCAUCAUUUCAGUUUAAAAAUUUGAACUUUACUGUCAGUGAAACAGCUAUUCACCUCUGCGCUCAUACUUUGUUAAUUCUUUGACAGAUAAUGUUUUAAUUUGAAGUUCUUUCUCUUACAUUCAGAAAACCAGCAUUGCCUAUCCAUAGCAGAUUUCUGUUUCAACUACAAACAAAUCAGGAUUCCAAAAUGAUUUUUCAGAUCUCUUGGGAAAAAAAUAUGUUAUUUGGUUUCUUGAUUGAAAAGGGGAAAAAAUAACGUUAAAAGAUCCCUUUACCGAAUUACACUAUUCUUUCCGGCACUUUGCUUUGAUUUGAUGGCAUUGGCACAGCAGAAUAACAAUUGAUUUAACUGACAUGAUGAAUGCAUUAUAAAAGCAACAAGAUAAUUGGUGUGUCAAUCGAAUCCACAAUAUUUAAACUUUGACCAAUAUAUUUAUUAACAUUCAUUAAUUGACCUUUUAUGUGCAUCAUUUAUUAAGGAUUAAAUUUGGAAAGCUUGAAAUAUAAUAUUCAGUAAUCGAUGAAUACAGAUGGAAAUGAUUCAAAUCUGUGCAGUGCACCAGAGGAAGACUUGUAUAAUUCUGGAUAACUUGCAUCUCCAGCGAUCUCAUUGAAUUGUCCAAAUCUACGAGUUUUGAAUGAGCUGAAUUAAAGGAAGUCUGCUGCUGUUUAUAUUUGCGUUGGAAGAUUCCUCAAAGCAUCAGAUUUCCACAUACCUUGUGCAAAGUGGAAAUGGGAACCACACAAACUAAGAGUGACUCUGGCACAAAUCUUUAGCAGAAGCUUGUUCAAUCUGGGUUUUGUCCCUUGUUCCUGUGGUUGUAAAUCACUUGGUAAGUCAGCAUGAACUUCUCUCCUCUCCCUCUCUCUCCAAACAUCAGAUAUGCUACCAUCCCUCUUAGAAAAAUGGUGGAUUUAAUUUCAGGACCCUCUCACUUCAAAAUAAUUUGUUUUCUAAAGGUCUGGAAAUUCACCUUGAAAUCCUUCAUUUGUUUUUAUUUGGCUUUAUCAGACUGCUGCUCAGUACCACAGUAAAUUCUUGCCCACUCCCUGUUGAGUACUCCAGUGUGCCAAAAUGGUGGAGGUGUCUGUUCAAAAUAUGUACAUGACUGACUUAAUAACUUUGACCAGAAGAUGGGCAAGAAGCUGAACCCUGUCCCUCUUUUGGCAAGACAGUGAUCAACCAACAUAUUGCUGAUGUGUACAAUGGCUACAUUUAUUCUACUUAUUUGAUUCCAUUUCUAUGUCAUGGUGAUCAAUUUUAUAAUCAAACAUAAUUCAGCAUUUUCUUAAACAUAUCCUGAGUUUACAUUUUCAUAAUGCUGUUUUCAAUCCUUUCAAUUUGUGGAAUUUGAAUUUACUACAGCUUACAACAAAACAUAAUCAGUUUUAGAUUGGUACCUUCAAAAAGUGUAAUUAAGAUAUCACAAUGAUAGGUUUUCUCCCUUCUGCAAAAUGCCAGCAGUCGCCAAAGACUUACAGCUUUUCCUUGUGCUAAACAUUGCAGGUAUAUAGUCAGAAGGAAGAAUAAUUUCCACAGUUCAACUCUUGUUUGUGAACUGUUCAUAGUUCACCGUACACUGUCUUUGUUGGGGCAAGGUUACCAUCAUGUUUACAAAUGUAGAAUUAAAAGGAAGGUGAAGAUAUUGAAUAUGUGAGCCGUAUACCUUUGGUGGUUAAAUAUCUGUAAAAAUUCUGCUGACAUACCAAAACAUUUACAUAAGUUUUUCCAAAGGCUGAUACUUAUUUGCAUACUGAAAAUACACAAUACUGGUGUUGUGCAGUGAUCAGAGAAGAGCAAUGAAAUUCGAUGUAGGUAAUAGGAUAGUCUCCAUAUGUUUGAAAUAAUGUAAGUGUCUAAAAAUAAGACACUGUUUGAAUCAUUGUCUGUUUCCAAAGAGCUCAUCCAUUUACCAUGUUUGUGCUAUAGCAAUAGAACUUCAUAUGGCAACAGAGCAUAUAACUCAGUUCUCAAUUCUGUGACCAUUUCCUAUUUAGUACCAGCCUUUACAAUAGGCAUGCACAUUUGUGAUACUGUAACCUGCAAAAGACAGGUCUGACUUUGUUUCUAGUAGUUUGUUCAGCAAGAAGUGUAUGUGCCACUUCCUUGUUUCUACGGUUCAACAAAGUUUCUGAUGCUCCGCUGAGCUGUAAUUAAAGUACACUGUUUGUGCAUAUGGUUUCAAAAUAAAAUGAAUUGAAAAACACAGCCUUAAAUAUU